GUAAUCUGGAGUAAUUCGUAGUGAAAGCUUGUCUUGUUCACAUUGACAUCAGCUGUUGUUUUGCAACCGCGUGAAAUGACAGUUGAAAGGAAAAUGUGUUCGACAUACAACAUAAUGUCUUGAGAAUCGUGAGCUGCAACAGCUAAAUAAGUUUCGUUGAUUAUUCAUGUGAGUUAAGUGAAAUAAAAUGAAUGGAAGUUUUGGAGGGCAUCGUGGUCCAGACCAACAUCCAGCGAGAUUCGCAGAUUAUUUUGUCAUUUGUGGUCUUGACAAGGAUUCUGGUCUAGAACCUGACAGUUAUUUCGGGGAUUCAUUGCAAUGUACUCCACUAGAUCGUGCCUAUAAAAGUAAGGUUUUGGGACAUUACCCUGAUUCAGUUCCUUGGAAUCCAUUUGAUGAGCAUGCAGUUUGUAUGCUAUGUUUACCUAGUGGACUCCGAUUCCGUACUCAAAAACAUUCAGUUGAACCGUCCUUCCACUCAUUUGUCCUCACAAAAGAAGAUGGCCACAGAACCUACGGAUUUAGCUUGGUGUUCUUCGAAGAAUGCCGAAAUCGAAAGAUCUGUGCAGCAAUGCAAACCCUCCAAGCUAUGUUUAUCACUGAGCUUAGUAGUGGACAGAAUGGUACCCCACCAGCACCAAGAAGGGGACAGGAUCCUCACAACACACGAUCUCUACCCAGGCAUUUUAAAUUGUCUGCCCACUCUCCUGGAGCUGCAAUGGCCUAUUAUGAUUCUACCAAAGAUAAAUUACUAGUUACCAAAUCAAUAUCUCUCCUUUGUCAGCAGCCUUAUCUUCACGCUGCUCGAACCUUUCUCACUAAUCUAUAUAAAUGUGUUCCAAGACAUCCAGGACCAGGAUUAAGUUUAGAAUCCUACGUGUACAACCUCUUAUACAACGUACCAGUUCCUCUGCCUGGAAAGUCGUUGAAGUUUUUUGUUCCGAAUGAUGAGCCGGCCAAAUCACCCCUGGAGCUUGUUAUCCUUUACCCAUCCCCUUCAACAGAACUUCCUCUUCUUGACUACCCUCUGAAAGACGUGUUUACUUGGCUUGGACCAGAGACCGUAAUCCAGUUGUUCACGUGUGUGCUGUUAGAGAAUCAAGUACUUCUUCAAAGCCGAGACUUUCACAAACUUAUGGUUGUUGCUGAAUGUAUAACUGCUCUUCUUUUUCCGUUUACUUGGCAACAUGUGUAUGUACCUAUUCUACCAGCGAGUCUUCAUCACUUCUUGGAUGCUCCUGUACCUUUUAUUAUGGGCUUACAUGCACAAAGUGAAGGAAGUAAUUUAAAAAUAGCUAGUGAAGCAAAUCUUUGUUACGUAGAUAUUGAUAAACAGUCUAGUCAAUUUCCAGAAGAGUUACCAGUUUUUCCACGAAAAAUGCAAUUUCUUGCCGAGAUUCGAACGCUUUUGAAUAAGUACAAAAUAUCCCAUUCAGAAAAGACUGACAAUAUGGUCAUAAAUUAUAUAAACUCAGAUAUCAUGACAAGUAGUUUAACGCUACCUGGUUCUGGCUUUUAUAUGCCUCGAAGAAAACAUUCGUUGCACGAUGUAUUAGAUUGGGAUAAAUCUGAUUCUGUACCUCAAUCUGAUGCAAUACAGAGGAUCGUAGAUAUUGUCAAGAAAACCGAGAUCAGUUUAGAAGAUAUGGAUACGAUAGAAAAUAUGACCAAAGACGAAAUACUUACACCAAAAGAAGAAUACCAAAAGACGCUUAUAUUCAACAAUGCUGUCAGAGAAAUUUUCUUAAAUCGUUUUGUACAAUUAUUCGCUGGAUAUGAAAAUUUUGUUAUUCAUCCGAAUCAAGAUAAAGAUGAAUGGUUAAAUAAUCGUGAUAGCAUGCAUGUGUUUGACAAAGCAACAUUUUUGUCUGAUCAACCCGCCCAACAUCUGCCAUUUUUGUCACGAUUUCUUGAAACUCAAAUGUUUGCGUCUCUUGUUGAUAAUAAAGUGAUGUCUUCAUGGAGUGGGUUAGAUUCAAACAUUAAGAUAUUCGAUCAAAGGAUUGCAUUAAUAAAGAAAAAGGUCGGGGAUGGAAUAAUACGAUCAACACGCUAUGAAAUUUCAAAUCAUACAAUAGAGACUCAAAAGGCAUUAGAGCACAAGUUGAAUAAUGUAGACUUUGAAGCCAGUCCCCCAAUAGAAAUAGUACCUCAUCGUGCUGCAUAUUUUAGAAGUUUUCCGCUUCUUGAUUCAGUUGCACUUAAUAAAGAGCCUGCCCAAAGUAUAUUACGUAGUCGGAAAGGCCAAACGCAAUGGAAAUAUAAAAUGAAAUCUAUGGAAACCAACGGAAAACCACCGACACCACAAGAAACACAAUCUCCGAGGCCACAAGCGAAACUAUCUGCAGAUAUGAGUCCUGCUCUUAUUGCUCAGGCAAAUUGGACCUUUGUUGAAAAAUUGCUCAAGGACUGCAAGUCUAAAACAAAACGAAUGCUAGUCGAGAAAAUGGGGUCAGAAGCAGUUGCUCUUGGUCAUGGAACAGAAUCUCUCGUAGAUCUUGAAGAAAAUACGCUAGUAGCUAGUUUAUGUGAUUUAUUAGAGCGAGUCUGGAGUCAUGGACUACAAAAUAAACAAGGGAAAAGUGCGCUUUGGUCACACUUAUCGAUGUAUCAAGAACUAGAUGAAUGCAAUGACUCCGCUAAAUCCAUAGAUCCUCAUUUCCUCUCACCUGCUCCAAAACCAUCGAUAAAAACAAAUAAAUCUUAUACAUUGAGGGAUCGUCUGGUAUCAUCGAUUAAGACGAGAAAUAUUUAUGAAAUAGCUUCUUGUAUCAAGGAAAAUCUUCAUGAUUUAUCAAAUUUAGCUUUGGAAACGGAUGUAUCUCCUACAAGAGGAAAUGAGAAACGUGCAACUGGUGAAAAAAAAUCAAUUGGACCAGAGCAUUUGAGACCUUUACCAGAUUCAUUGACGUUUGACAUAAGAAAUGUUCAAGCCAUGACAGAAAUAAAAACGCAUAUUGGUUAUGCAAGAGCAUGGGUUAGGCUCGCCCUUGAAAAGAAACUUCUUUCCAGACACCUCAAGACAUUAUUAUCGAAUACUACAUUGUUAAGGAGCCAAUAUAAAAGGUCAGCAUUUCUCCGAUGUGAAGAAGAAAAAGAGCAGUUUUUAUAUCACUUAUUGACCUUGAAUGCUGUGGAUUAUUUUUGCUUUACCAACAAUUAUCCCACGACUAAACUGCCGUAUCGAGUUAUCAUUUUUCCAAGUAGAAAAGCCAGUGCUGCAACGACUUCUGCGAAUGGUUGGGUAGUGAUUUCAGGAACGUUAUGUGAAACUAACCCAGUUCCGAUACCAAAAGGCGCCUUGGAGUUUGUUUUCCAUCAUAAAAAUCUUGGUGUCUUAUCAACAUUACGAAUUGGUCACGAUAACUCCGGUUUAUCUCCCAAGUGGAUGGUAGAGCAUGUAGUUGUGAGAAACGAAGUCACAGGACAUACAUUCAAGUUCCCUUGCGGACGUUGGCUUGGCCGAGGAAUCGAUGAUGGCUCAACUGAGAGAUUAUUAGUUGGAGCUCUUGUUCCUCGUAGUAUUGAUAGUGAAGAAUUAGUUGAAACUUGUUCAACUCCGCCAAGAUGUAGGUCUCCAAGUAUACCGCGCAAACCCACACUUUCUCCAGAUGAACUUCAACACAUGCUUGGAGAAGCUGUAAAUGCAAUUGUUAAAUUUCACUAUAGACGAGAUCCUCAAGAUGGUUCAUUAACUGCUCUUUUAUGUGGUGAAGGUGGACUGGUACCAUCGUUAGAACAGACAUUUUUAUAUGGAUUUAAAAAUCAACGGAUAUUUGGAAGAAACUUUUACGUUUGGGAUUAUCUCUUAAGAGUAAAAGAAAAUUUCGAGAUGUCUUUAUUAGAAGAAAUGGAUGAAUAUUCAAAAAGAUUAAAUAGAGAUAGACGAUUUAAUGCUGAAAAUAAUCAAAGGUUCACUAUUUUUCGGUGUUACUGUCAUCUUAUUGAUCAAAUCAAUACCUUCAGUCAUACGCUAGGGAAGGAUGGGAAAUUCCAACUGUUCAUUUGUCUUGCAGCAAGGGAACAACUUCUUCACCCCAUGUUACGUCCCAUGAGUGAUGCACGGUCUACAAUUGAAAUGUAUGAAGAAUCAUCCUUCUUGAGAAAUCCUACAUUGUUGAAUUUCCUUAUUCACAUUCUUGAACCACUCAGUGAAUUCCAUAUAGUCCUUGAAAAAAGUUUAACUCAUGGAAUCUCGAGUAUAUGUUAAAAUAAGUAAGCAUAAAAAACUAAAUAUAAUUUCUAAAUGAUUAUAAACAAUCGUUACCUGAGGAAGCAAGUGUUUCUUCUAUAGAAAAAAAUGAAAAAAUAUAUAACUAUAUAUCAGAAAAGUCCUAAAAUAUUGAAAUUUGUGUCGUAAAUAAAAAAGAUUAUGUUGAAAGAAAAAUCUGUUGAAACGAGUUAAAUGCAAUCUAAUGGCAUGAAUCGUUGAAAACAAAGACUGUCCAAUAAAUAUUUAAAAUAGUAAUAAUAUAGAAACAUUGUCAGUCGUAAAAAAUUCUGACUCUAACUUUUUUAUAAAAUGGCGUUUGAAAAUUUCAACAAUGUUAACGACCAAACCCGACCAAACUUGUCACAACAUAUAAUUGUAAUGAAUUUUAAUGAGUUUUUAAUUAAUUUUGAAUUAAAACCAAAGAUAAAUAUUUAUAAUGAUACUCGUCGAAUUGAUAGUUAGAUUCUAGCAAUAAUAAAACUUAUUAUUUUUAAAAAAUUAUAUUACUUCGCCAAUAAUUGUGAUUUAGAAAAUGUUCACAUGACAUUAAAUAAUUAAUUAGUUGUAGACUUCAGUUAGACUGGACUUUUGAAUUAAUUAAAAUAAUGAGUAAUCUCUUAAAAACAAUAAUAUUUCUCAACAUAAUACAAAAAAAAACCAAUUUUCACACGCCAUAUGUAUAUUAUAUUCAUUGUGUUGACAUAUAACUACAAAUGAACAAUAAAAAUUUAUAUAAAUGAAGUAAUCAAUAAAAUUUAAACUAUAAUACAGUUGCUGUAAAGCUAUUUAAUUAUACAGAAAAUGUUUAGCAAUAAUUUAAAUGAUGUGUGAUAGUAUAAUUUUCUCAUCAAUUAAGUGAAAGUGAGUGAGUCAAAUGCACAAUACAUAGUUAAUAGUUAAAGAUAGGCAAUUGAUAUUGAACUUAGUUAAGUUUUUUAUAUAGUUAAAAUUCAUAAUGGAUUUCUUUUUCAAUAGCUUCAUUUUAAUAAUUAAAUAUUUUAUGAGCACAAUGAUUACAAAGUGCAAUUUUAAUGUUUUGAAUGCCAAAUGGACUAUCAGUUAUUCAGUAAAUUCCAAUAGUUAAAUUAAUGUAUUUGACACAUACAUUUAAACAAAAUUUCUGAUAUUUAGAAAUUUUUGUCGCCAUUCUUGUCAAUAAUUCAAUAAUAUGUAUAUAAAUACCGUAAAAGUGGAAUAUAAACGUAAUUUUUUUUAAGAGAAUAACUCAUAUAUAUAUAUAUUAAAUGUACAUAAAAGUAGAUGUAACAUUUUAUUGUACAGUAGG